GCGGCUUUCUGAGCGGGGGAACGUGCCAGGCCGAGCAGGGGGAGACAGCGGCACCGGCCGGGGCUGAGGGGCGCGCCCUCCCUCCCAGUCUCCCAGCCCUGCGCUCUGAUGUCCUGGCCAUCUAUCACGCUGGUCGGUCCGCGGCACCCCCUCCUGUCCUGUCUUCUCUCUCAGCGGUCUUGGACCGUCUAGUAGCCUCUUUUCUGAGUGGCUCUGGCAGGUUAGAGGGCUAAGGAUCUUGGGAUCCUGCAUUAGUCCUCCCACCUCUAGCUUAAUGCUUUUCACCAGAAGAUGGUCUCUCUCAUAAGGGGUUCCCUGUGAUUCAGGCCAUGGUCCUCCGCCUAGCUUGGAGAUAUUCAAGCUUUGACCUUCGGCUCUUCCCAAGAAAAGGAAAACACUAAGAAAAGCAAUCCAUUAGCUGUCCUCUUCACCAAGUCCAUAAAGAAGCAAGAAUAGUGUGCCUGGCUUUAAUCUCUGCCCUGUGCUUGCACACAGCCUUUCCCCUUCCCCUCAACCCUAGUCCCCCAAGAUUCAUCUGAGGGGCUUGCUGAGUAUGUGGGUGUAGGUCACAAUGCUGCUUGGGGCAUCUCUGGUGGGGGCACUACUGUUCUCCAAGCUGGUGCUAAAACUGCCCUGGACCCAAGUGGGGUUCUCCCUGUUGCUCCUGUACUUGGGGUCUGGCGGCUGGCGCUUCGUCCGGAUCUUCAUCAAGACCGUCAGGCGAGAUGUCUUUGGCGGCAUAGUGCUCCUGAAGGUGAAGGCAAAGGUUCGACGGUACCUUCAGGAGCGGAAGACAGUGCCCCUGUUGUUUGCCUCAGUGGUGCGGCGCCACCCCGACAAGACAGCCCUGAUUUUCGAGGGCACAGACACCCACUGGACCUUCCGCCAGCUGGAUGACUACUCCAGUCGUGUGGCCAACUUCCUGCAGGCCCGGGGCCUGGUCUCAGGCAAUGUAGUUGCCCUCUUUAUGGAGAACCGUAAUGAGUUUGUGGGUCUAUGGCUGGGCAUGGCCAAGCUGGGCGUGGAGGCAGCUCUCAUCAACACCAACCUUAGACGUGAUGCCCUGCGCCACUGUCUUGACACCUCAAAGGCACUAGCCCUUAUUUUUGGCAGCGAGAUGGCCUCAGCCGUCUCUGAGAUCCAUGCUAGCCUGAAGCCCUCACUCAGCCUCUUCUGCUCUGGUUCCUGGGAGCCCAGCACAGUGCCUGCCAACACAGAGCAUCUCGACCCUCUGCUAGAAAAUGCCCCGAAGCACCUGCCCAGUCAUCCUGACAAGGGCUUUACAGAUAAGCUCUUCUAUGUCUACACAUCGGGCACCACAGGGCUACCCAAGGCUGCCAUUGUGGUGAACAGCAGGUAUUACCGUAUGGCUGCCCUGGUGUACUAUGGAUUCCGCAUGCGGCCUGACGACAUUGUCUAUGAUUGCCUCCCUCUCUACCAUUCAGCAGGAAACAUCGUGGGGAUCGGCCAGUGUCUACUCCAUGGCAUGACCGUGGUGAUCCGGAGGAAGUUCUCAGCUUCCCGGUUCUGGGAUGAUUGUAUCAAGUACAACUGCACAAUUGUACAGUACAUUGGCGAGCUUUGCCGCUACCUCCUGAACCAGCCACCCCGGGAGGCUGAGUCUCGGCACAAGGUGCGCAUGGCACUGGGCAACGGCCUUCGGCAGUCCAUCUGGACCGACUUCUCCAGCCGGUUCCACAUUCCCCAAGUGGCCGAGUUCUAUGGGGCCACUGAGUGCAACUGUAGCCUGGGCAACUUUGACAGCCAGGUGGGGGCCUGUGGCUUCAAUAGCCGCAUCCUGUCCUUCGUGUACCCCAUCCGGUUGGUUCGAGUCAAUGAGGAUACCAUGGAACUGAUCCGGGGACCUGACGGCGUCUGCAUUCCCUGUCAACCAGGCCAGCCAGGCCAGCUGGUGGGUCGCAUCAUCCAGCAGGACCCCCUGCGCCGUUUUGAUGGUUACCUCAACCAGGGUGCCAACAACAAGAAGAUCGCUAAAGAUGUCUUCAAGAAGGGGGACCAAGCCUACCUCACUGGUGAUGUGCUGGUGAUGGAUGAGCUGGGCUACAUUUACUUCCGGGACCGCACAGGGGACACGUUCCGCUGGAAAGGGGAGAACGUGUCUACCACCGAAGUAGAAGGCACACUCAGCCGCCUGCUGGGGAUGGCCGAUGUGGCGGUAUAUGGUGUCGAGGUGCCAGGAACUGAGGGCCGAGCAGGAAUGGCUGCUGUGGCAAGCCCUACCAGCAGCUGUGACCUGAAGCGCUUUGCACAGACAUUGGAAAAGGAGCUGCCUCUGUAUGCCCGCCCCAUCUUCCUGCGCUUCCUGCCUGAGCUGCAUAAAACAGGGACCUUCAAGUUCCAGAAGACAGAGCUGCGGAAGGAAGGCUUCAACCCAGCUGUUGUGAGAGACCCACUGUUCUAUCUGGAUGCCCGGAAGGGCUGCUAUGUUGCACUGGACCAAGAGGCCUAUACCCGCAUCCAGGCAGGCGAGGAGAAGCUGUGAUUUCCCCCUACAUCCCUCUGAGGGCCAGAAGAUGCUGGAUUCAGAGCCCCAGCUUCUGCCCCAGAGGGUCCUGGGCAAUGCCAGACCAAAGCUAGCAGGGCCCGCACCUCCGCCCCAGGUGCUGAUCCCCUCCCUCCCAAACUGCCAAGUGACUCACUGCCGCCUCCUCGACCCUGCCGAGGCUUUCUGUGAAAGUCUCGUGUCCAAGCUGUCUUCUGGGCCAGGCGAGGCCUCUGGGUCCAGGCUUGCUGACAGACCCCUUUAGGAUAAUGUCUUUAGUCAAACAGGGCAGGGAGCAGGAGAGGGGUCGCCAAGCUCCCUCCAAAAGGAAGGGUACUCACAAGUGAGGCAAAGGCAAAAGCCUCCAGACUCAGGAAGCCAAGUAGCCAGAGACUAUAGUGGCCGGCCAUGGACGUCCACCGAGGAUCUUGGACCACAGCUGCCAAAGCAUCACCUAGCCCUGCUUGCAUCUCUGGGAAAGGAGGACAGCAUGUGGCCACUGGCCCAGUGUCAAGAAGUCUUGAUCACACUCCUUGUUUCUCCAGGUUCCCUGUGUCCUUGUCUUGGGGAGGGUGGGGAGAGGAGAGUUUUGUGUGUCUCCCUGAUUGCAGCCUUCCUGCCUGUCUGUGAGUCUGUUGCCUUCUCCAACUCAAUCCUAGCCUGACUGGGUGGAGCAGGCGUGAGGGGGAAGGCUCGGGGCCAAUAAACUCUGCCUCGACAUUGACCUCUUAGUCUGACUCUUGCCUGCCUCUUAGCACUUGGGGUAAGAUCCGCACCUCCCACCUUCCGGUCCCUUCCCAAAGCAGUUACCACCAGAUCUGACAGGUUGUUAAACCUGUGAACUUGGGCUGGAGAGAUGGCUCAGUGGUUAAGAGCAUUACCUG